AUGCCUGGAAUUCUUUCCCUCCACCUCCUGGAAUACCUGGUUUCUGUCAAAUUGCUGUCAUCUUCUCCUAUUCGUAUUCCUAGUAGCAGACUUCAUCAAAUCAAAAGGGAAGAAGGAGUGGACUUGAUGAACAGAGAAGCUGCCCACGAAAGGGAAGUGCAGACAGCAAUGCAGAUAAGCCAAUCCUGGGAAGAAAGCUUGAGCUUGAGUGAUAAUGACUUUGACAAGUCUGAGAAAUCAUCUUCCCCUAAGAGAAUUGAUUUCAUCCCAGUUUCUCCAGCACCAUCACCCACUAGAGGAAUAGGAAAGCAAUGUUUUUCACCAUCCUUACAAAUGUUUGUGAGUAGCAAUGGGCUGCCUCCAAGUCCUAUCCCCAGUCCAACAAGACGAUUUUCAAACAGAAGGAGUCAAAGUCCAAUCAACUGCAUUAGGCCCAGUGUUCUUGGUCCUAUUAAAAGGAAAGGUGAAAUGGAAACUGAAAGUCAGCCAAAGAGACUCUUUCAAGGCAUUACAACUAUGCUUUCUCCUGAUAUUACGAACUUGACAGAACUCAGUUCAUGCAUUGGAUACAAAUGGACAACGGGCAAGUCCACGAUGGGCAUGGCCAGGAUGCCACUUAUGACUCACCAGCGCAUGUUCAGCAGAAGGCACAUGAUCGAGACUAUCCCAGAAGAGUGUGAGCCCGAUGAAAGUGGCAUGGAAUGGAAUCUCCAGACGGAGAACUCAAGCAAUGGAGACCCUUAA